AUGGAAUCAAAACCAACCGAACCAAAUCCACCCCUAGAAACCCACCUCAUAUCCACCAUCACUGCUCAGAACAAAUUCUCGGCCUUUGACAAUGAAAUCCCUGACAUUCCAAACAGUCCAAUGCAAACAACACAAGAAAAAGAUUCCCUAACAGAAAUAAAAGCAGACACUGUUAUCCUUUGCGAUUCCAAUGGAAGGAACAUAAAUCCAACACUACUGUGCCCCAACACCACCACCAUAUACCCGAAACGCCCUACAGUAGAACAUGCUAGAGAAAUCCUUGACCGAAACAAAUUCAUUGAGCCUAAGACCUUUAUCAUUCACUGUGGUACAAAUGAUAUUGAAAAACUACCUACUGACAACAUCUCCAAACAAAUGAAAUCCCUCCUAUCAUCAAUCAAUCAAAAACACCCUCAAUCCCGGAUAAUACUCUCCUCCCCCACGACAACAACCUCCUUCAAAAAGCCCGAGACCUCAAUGAAAAACUAA